AUGUCUAUGCAGUUGCCACUUGCUUUAACCGAAAGAAAUGGGCAAUCAAUAUUUUUGUAUGAUUCGAGGACUGCUCAAGCUCGUGAUAAGGAUGCAGUUUUUGUGUUUGCACAUCCAUAUAUGCUUCAACAACUUGCUGGACAGACUACCUGGACAAUUGGUUCUUCUUUUAAAUUGGCCCCAGCUCCUUUCAAACAUUGUUUUGUUAUUGGAACAAUUGUUAGAAGCCAAUUAAUUGUUGCAGCACAUGCACUUUUGACUGAAAAUUCUGAACAAUUUUAUAUUGAGGCUUUAAAUGCUGUUGUUGCUGCUAUUAGACCUGCAAAGCCUAGAAGAGUUAUAACUGACUUUGAGAAUUCAGUUGUUGAAGCAGCACAAAAUGUUUUUACAGAAGCUCACGUGACUGGUUGUUAUUUCCGUUUCUCUCAAGAAUUGUUUCGAAAAUGGACUGAAUUUAAUCUGGGAGAUAUUUAUGGAAAUGAAGAUAGUCAAGCUGGAAAUAUUGCAAGGAUGACAUUUCGUCGAAUUAUUUGUCUUGCACUUAUUCCAAUGGCUUAUGUUAAUCAAGCAUUUUACAAAAUUGUUGAAGUUGCUGGACUUUCACAACUGGCAGAAUUCUUUUUCUAUUUUAAACAAACUUUUAUUGGACUGACUGAUCAGGAGUUUAGAAUGAAGGCAGCCGCUUUUGGAUCCAAUUUUGAACAAAAUUUAAUUUAUUCGACGUCAGAGGGCGAACACGUUUAUGAAGCAAAUGUUGGAUAUCAAGCUUAUUCUCAACAUAUACGCUAUGAGCUGCCUACACAUUCUUCCUCAACAAUUAUUGUAGCAGCAAAUCAAUCACAACCUUUGCGUCAUCGUCCUUAUUGCCCUAUAGAAUUUUGGAAUAUUAGUGAAAGAGUAGCAGCCGAAAUAGUUAAGGCAAAUUCUGCAAUGGAAAUGGCACAAUUAUACCUCAAGCAAGGCUCUAACAAUAAAUUGCUUCCUUCCCUGCCUGAUUUUAUUCUUGCAUUAUGGGACGAUUUUGAGAAACAACGAGACAACAUUCGUGCAGUAACUAUCUCUAAUAAUAAAAAAAGAACUCCUCGAAAGCAUGUAAUUAAAGAAGAUUCCGUUAUAAGUACCUUAAAUGAAGCUUCUUACGAAACAGACCAAGCAAUUUUGAAUACUUUGGAUAUUUUGUCUCAUCAUGUCCAGGGUUAUGUUAAUGGGUUAUAUGUUGAUGUUAAUGAAGAUGGAAAAUCUGGUGAUGAUUCUAUGGAAUUUAAUGAAGGUUUGAACAAGAGUAAAGGUGGUGGUGGACGUAAAAAACCAAAACCAAGUACUUCUUCUGGUCUUUGCUAA